UGCGGUGCGGGAACCCCGGGCCGGUUCCGCCCCGUCCGCGGCUCCAGCGCCCUUUUGCUUCCUUUUCCGGGCGGGCGGGUGCCUGUCGCGGCUCCCCUGCACGUCGCCCUGCCCAGCCUGGCUCGGCUCGGCUCUCGUCUCCUGCGGCGACAUGGCAGCCAGGACGCGCGGGCCCGCGCUGCGACUCAGCCUCUGCGCCGCGGCGGUUUUAUUUGGCUUGGCUUCCAGUAAAGGAAUCGUGGAAGAUUUAGAUGACUCGUUUAAAGAUAGUCGGAAAAGCGACAUUUGGCUUGUGGAUUUUUAUGCACCCUGGUGUGGCCACUGCAAGAAAUUGGAACCAAUUUGGAAUGAAGUUGGUCUUGAGAUGAAAAAUAUUGGAUCUCCUGUGAAAGUGGGGAAGAUGGACGCCACAUCCUAUGCAAAUGUUGCUUCAGAGUUUGGAGUGCGGGGUUAUCCAACAAUUAAGCUACUUAAGGGGGACCUGGCAUAUAGUUACAGAGGACCACGAACUAAAGAUGACAUUAUUGAGUUUGCACACAGGGUGUCUGGGGCACUGAUCCGCCCACUUCCGAGCCAGCAGAUGUUUGAGCACGUGCAGCGUAGACACCGUGUGUUUUUCGUGUACAUUGGUGGAGAGUCCACGCUCAAGGAGAAGUACAUAGACGUGGCUUCAGAAUUAAUCAUCUACACGUACUUCUAUUCUGCCAUAGAAGAUGUGGUUCCUGAGUAUGUGAAGCUGAAAGAGAUACCGGCUGUGCUGGUGUUCAAGGACGGAACCUACUUUGUUUAUGACGAGUAUGAAGAUGGUGACCUCUCGGCUUGGAUUAACAGAGAACGGUUCCAGAAUUACAUUCCCAUGGAUGGAUUUGUCUUGUACGAGCUUGGGGAAACUGGAAAACUCGUGGCAAUCGCCGUCAUUGACGAGAAAAAUUCGUCACUUGAACACACCAGACUAAAGUCCAUUAUUCAGGAAGUUGCAGGGAAUUUCAGAGGCCAGUUCCACAGGGAUCUUCAGUUUGGCCACAUGGAUGGGAAUGAAUAUAUAAAUACUUUGCUCAUGGAUGAAUUGUCAGUCCCAACUGUGGUCGUGCUGAACACUUCAAAUCAGCAGUAUUUUUUGCUGGACCGGCAGAUCAAGAAUGCCGAAGACAUGGUCCAGUUUAUCCACAGCAUUUUGGAUGGCAGAGUAGAAGCCCAAGGAGGUGACAGCAUUUUGCACAGGUUGAAAAGAAUAAUCUUCGAUGCCAAGUCUACCGUUGUGUCAAUCUUCAAGAGCUCUCCGCUCAUGGGCUGCUUCCUCUUCGGGCUACCGCUGGGUGUCAUCAGCAUCAUGUGUUAUGGCAUCUACACGGCCGACACAGAGGCCAGCUACAUUGAGGAGCGCUAUGACCUGGCCAAGGACAUGGACGGCAAUGACCUGCUGGACGAGGCCCCAGAGCAGCACAUGGAGGUGCGGAAUGGGCACCCACCCAUGCCCGCCAUGCCUGAGCCCAAGGAUGAGCUGGAGAAGAAGACGGACUGAACCUGGGCUGGCCCACCACCCUUUGUACAGAACAGACCCCGGUGUUCGCUGCUUGCCUCUUGUCUUUCGCCGAUGUCGACUCUGCAUGGAUCCAAGUCUUCCCUCCCUGCAGCACACCAGGGGUGUGGGGGGCCGGAGGGGGCCGCCAGGGAAGGGGGCCCUCGGACCUCCCUCCACAGCCCCCGCUGCACCCUCUUUUGUUUGCAUGUCUCUGUUGGGUUAGUCUGUGACUCAGCGAAGCCCUGGGCAGCAUAUUUCAUCCGAUGGGUCGGGGAGAAAUGGGUGGACGUGUCUGAUGCGGAAAAGCAACCCUCUACCUCCUCCUCCCGUCCCCUCGCAUGGACCUGGAAGGGAUGAAGGCACUUUAAGGAGAACUGAGAGCUUGUCCCACAGAACCGACUCAGUUGAUGAGAGCAUUGACUCUUGUUCUUUUUAGAACAAGAGUGCUUUGCUUUCUCCAUAAAGGGGAGAAGGAGCCCUUCUGUUCUUACUCCUCCUCUUGGCUGUGUGACCCCCUCUUGUUCCCAGGAGCCUGCAGAAGUGGGGAGAGCUGGUCCUGGGUCUCAUCCGGCCUCUGUCGACAUAGAGUGGAUAGAGUCGGGGUAGGAAGCCAGGCCUGCUAUGCUCGCUCAGGACAGCUGUCCCUGACACCACUGUGGGAAUGAACGAGUUCAGGCCUUGCUAGUCUGACUCCUGAUCUGUGCCCCGAGCCCCCCUU